AUGAACAAAUUUGUAUUCUCCCUCAAGCAGGCCUUGAUCUGCUUUGUCCAUAAGUCGGGGAGUCCGGUGCCAAUCUUCACCCCUAUGAUCGGGUCUUCACCGAGAAGGACGAACUCGAAGUCCCUAUCCAGAAUUGGUCGGGGGAGAUCCUACUCACUGUUGGAGGGUUCGUCUUGGUCAAAGCGAGUGUCCAACGAUAUCAAAUCGACCUUUGGAGGAGCCUUCUGCACUUCUGCCUUGAUGGGUUGUGGCUCUGACUGUUGUGGCUUUGGUCACACUAUUGCAGCUUUCUUGGCGGGCCGUUCUCCAGCAUUGAUUGUGCUUUGUCCCUUGGCCAUCACAUUGAAGCAUCUUCGGGCGGCUUCUAGGUCGCCUUGGAUGGUGGCGACACGUGCCCUCUUUGUGAAGAACUUCAUCUUCAUAUGGACGGUGGAGGGCACCGCAGUCAGCUCUGCCAGUGUCGGCCUCCUAAGGAUGCAGUUUAGUGAGAUGGGAAGUCGAUGA